UGCAAGAGGUUGGAGGAGGAGCGAGACGAGGCCGUGAAGAAACUCAACGAGUUCCAGCAGGUGUCUCAGAUGGUGGUUGAAGAGGUCAGUGCCAUUCAGGAGAACCUGGAGAUCGAGAAGAUGUGCAGAGAAAGUGCCGAAACUUUGGCCUCCAAGUUGAAUCAUCAAAACCGCUCUCUGAAGAGGAAGAGCAUGAUGAUGAUGUCCCACCUCAGCCCUGAGACCAUCACAGAGAUUAACCUCGCAGAUGAUGAAGACGAGGGUGAAGACCUAGGGUCUGCCAGCAGAGCUUGCCUGUCCCCCAUCAGCAACGCCGUGAUCUCAGAUCUACAAAAGAAGUUGGAAGUGACACUUAAGGAGAAGCAUCAGGUGACGUCUGACCUUGAGUCAGUGAGAGAACAGCUAAGAGAUGCCAAGGAUGAAUUGAUGAAAGAGAAACACGAUAACACUGUUUUAAUUGCUGAGAGAAUUCAACAAAAGAAGCUCCUGGAGAAAUACACCCGAGUAUCUCAAUUUGCUGUGGAAGAAUAUGAAGUGUUGGAGGACACAUUAAACCUGGAGAAAAGCCUGCGGACAGAGGCAGAAAACUUUGCCAGAGCAAUGCUGGUUGAGCAAAAAAGGCUGAAGAGACAGAGUGAAAUGUUGAUGCAGAACUGCUCGUCAAGUCAAGCUGCACUGGAAGCCCUCGGUCAGGUGGCGGAUCUGACCAGUCAGCUGGAGGCUCAGAGGCUGGAGCACCAGAACCAGAUUAAGCAGCUGGAGGAGAAACUGAAGGCUUGUGAGGCUCAGAAGGAGAUAACAGCAUUAAGACGCAAACUGGACCUCUUGGAGGAAGAGAAGAAAGAGAGCAGUGUCAAAUGCUCCAAGGCCGAACAGGAAGUCAAAGAUCUGCGUUUCACAGUUGAGGAGCUCCAAAAGAAGCUGCAGGCUGUUACCAACCCACCCCCAGCUCCAGCUCCUCCACCUCCACCACCACCUCCACCCCCUCCGGCUCCAGCCCCAACUUCCAACCCCCUCAGUGCACUGCUGUCACUAAUUCGAAAGAAAAAAGACCCCAAUGAUGACAUCCCACUGGUGGGCACGGACUCUGCUAAAACACCAGAAGUGGAUGUCCGGCAGCAGGCAGUGGACGAAAUGAUGCAAAGAAUAAAGAAAGGAGUUCAACUUCGACCCGUCAACCAGUCACCAAACAGGACCAGGAGAAAGAUGGAGAGGCUGCCGUCUAAUUCUGCCAUUCAGGAACUUAAAGGAAUCAUGGAGAAUUUCAACAAACCCCGCCACCAAUCAAAGGCCACGCCUUCUUCGGCGAACCACAAUGACGAGGACGAGCUGCAGAAGAUCCUGCUGAGGCGGAGAGAUGCUCUAAAGGGCCCGACCCAGUGAGAGUCUCCAUCCCGUUUCUGUCUACCUACAUUGUGAGAGGAGCCACAGCACUGAUCCCAGACCAGGAUCCGGGUGACAGAUUCCUCUUCACAGUCUAAAUGAUCUUUUCUGCAUUGAAGUGAACCGACUGUCUCGUGCGAGCCUCGAUACAAUCAGGGUAAUUCUGCUGAAAUCUUCCCGUUAGGAAAGUAAAAUGGGAGCCGUUUUAGUGUUUGUGAACCAAGAAAAACGACGCGCAGAACGUUUACACCGAAGCCUUUUAGUUCCAGUCAAAUGAAAGUUAUGAACCCUCGCCACCUUUUCAAGGCUCAUUCAAGUCCUUUUCUAAAAGCACAGUUUUAUUUUUUUAUUUUUUUGUUUUGUUUUUUGUUUGCACUGUGGUGAAUGGGGCUGUGAACAAGCAGCCUUGAGCUUUUGGCAAAAGCAAAAUAUGUUUCUAUUCACACUGGGUUUGACCUUGGAGCUCCCCAGUGGGCAAUUACAGGCCAUGGUGGUAGAAUCCGUUUUCACUGUUCCCCUGAGUCACUCAGCUGUUUCUUUUUUUAGGCCUUCAUUUUAUGUUUGGUGCCAACUCCUCUUCACUGUAUUCACCCUGUGUGUGUUCCUCCUGUUGACCUGUACUCAGUUUAGUCGAAGGUCAAGUUACUUCAAAUAUAUGGAAUCAAACAAAAACAACAUCAAAAAAAGGGAAAAUUUCCAAAAAAAUGCACAUUUUUUAAAAUUAUUUAGGAAAAACAUGAUUUCAAAAUAUAAAGUCUAUAAUAAAUGUAAAUGAAGCAAGACCACAAAGGAAACAUUACAGUUGCUG